UCGCACCGCCAAUUGCUGCACGCCAAAGUACUCCGAGCCGCCACGCCACCAACCCCAACCAGAGCAGCACCCCGAUCGGGCGCGGACGUAUUCCGAUGCCGCGCACGGUGGCCGUGGUGGGCGCCGGCCCGGCGGGGCUGGUGGCCGCGCGCGAGCUGCUCCGCGACGACCACGCAGUGGCCGUCUUCGAGAAGUCAGGCCGCGUGGGGGGAACCUGGGCGUACGACCCGCGCGCGGACGCGGACCCGCUGGGGCGCGACCCGGGCGCCCCCGGCGCCGUGCACGGCAGCCUCUACGCGUCGCUGCGCACCAACCUGCCGCGCGAGAUCAUGGGCUUCUCGGGCUUCCCGCUGGAGGGGCGGGUGUUCGCCGGCGAUCCGCGCACGUUCCCGGGCCACCGGGAGAUGCUCGCCUUCCUCGACACCUUCGCUGUGGAUUCCGGCGUCGCCCCGCACGUCAGGCUCGGAGCUGAAGUGCUGCGGGUGCGGCGGCCGCUCUGUCGGGGACAGGGAGAGCAGUGGGCGGUGGCGUGGCGCGGGGAAGACGGCGAGGUGACGGAGGAGGCAUUCGACGCCGUCGUCGUCUGCAGCGGUCACUGCUCGGUGCCUCUGGUGCUCGAGAUCCGAGGAAUUAACAAGUGGCAGGGGAAGCAAAUGCACAGCCACAAUUAUCGCACCCCAGAACCAUUUCAAGAUCAGAGUGUUGUCGUUGUAGGAUUGGGAGCCAGCGGAAUUGACAUUGCUAGCGAAAUCUCACAUGUAGCUAAGGAAGUGCACAUCGCAGCUAGAUACUCCGAGGACAGGCUUGGAAAGAUUGAACUCUACCAUAACGCUUGGAUGCACGGCGAGAUAGAGUGCAUCCAAGAUGACGGUCAGGUGCGCUUUGCCGAAGGUUCAUCUGUAGCUGCAGAUACAAUUCUUUACUGUACAGGGUACCGCUACCAUUUCCCGUUCCUCGACCUGGAUGGGUUCACUGUGGACGACAACCGGGUAGGGCCACUGUACAAGCACGUCUUCCCACCCAAGUAUGCGCCCAAUCUCUCUUUCGUUGGCCUGCCAUAUAAGAGCAUCAUCUUCCAGUCACUUGAGCUGGAAUCCAAGUGGGUUGCUGCCCUCCUGUCGGGGCGUGCGGCACUGCCGAGCGAGGAGGACAUGAUGGCCGACGUGCAGGCGGAGUACCAGCGCAUGGAGGAUGCCGGGAAGCCGAAGCGCCACACCCACACACUGUGGCCUCGAUGGGUGGAGUACCUGAACUGGCUGGCGGACCAAGUCGGCGAGCCACACGUGGAGCCGCGGAGGUCGGAGAUGUACGAGAAGGCACUCAGGUGCGUCUGGUCCUUGGAUGUGGGCUACCGUGAUAGAUGGGAAGAAGAAAACAUCGACAGCGGCUCACCCCCAUGGUUUUAAAGAACGAGCUAUUACGACGCUAUAGCAGCUGGAGAGACAUUGCUAUUUUUGCCGCUAUGUCAACUUUAGCCGCAGAAGAAGCUGAGGCGAUGGCGUGCCAUGACGGGAUUGCCAUGGCGGCAAGAUAUAUGGCCAGAUCUCCCUAUGCUGGUUCGUCGGUUGUUGCUGACAAGCUGGCAGAAUGAUCGCUCGCUGGUGUGAUCAAUUCUGCAGGAGGCGCGGCUUCAUAUAACCGACCUCUGUCGCUUAGAUGUGGUUAAGAUUAGUAGGUGACUAGGUGUCCUCGGUCUGUAAUGAUACGAUUUGAUCUUUAAUAAAGUCUAUGUACUUGCAAAAGAAAAAAAACUUUAGCCGCUAUUUA